ACCACUGUAGACACGUGGCAUAGUACCCGAUUCCCUGCAACUCCCCUUCUCUCUUCGAAAUUCAAGAGCCCAUCACCCACUCUCUCUCUCUCUCUGUCUAUUAGGGUCUUCGCUUGUGGCCAUUAAAGUGCUAUUCGAAGCUUCAGCUGCUUGGUUCCUUCCUGCUGCCACAUUGUUGAGCCUGUUUCUUGCCUCUUGAAAGUUAUGGUCUAAGGGAAUUAAGUUGAACGAGGCAAAGAGACUCCUAAAAAUUGGCAUGGAUCAAUCUGAAGAGCAGCAGCAGCAACAGCAGCCAGCGAUAGGAGCAACUUCAGCUCAAUUGUCCUACUCUACUCCCCACCAAACUGGAACUAUGGUGGUGUCAGGUGCCCCUGCAGUAGCAGUCACUUCAACCCAGACAGCAGCUGGCUUCUCUGCUUACCAGCAGGCUCAGCAGUUCCACCAUCAACAGCAGCAGCAACAACAACAGCAGCUUCAGGUUUUCUGGGCCAACCAGAUCCAAGAGAUUGAGCAAACGACCGACUUCAAGAACCACAGCCUCCCACUUGCUAGGAUCAAGAAAAUAAUGAAGGCCGAUGAGGAUGUCCGGAUGAUUUCUGCUGAGGCUCCAGUUGUAUUUGCGAAGGCCUGUGAGAUGUUCAUCUUGGAGUUGACACUGCGGUCAUGGAUCCAUACGGAGGAGAACAAGCGACGGACACUGCAGAAGAAUGACAUUGCUGCUGCCAUAACAAGGACUGAUAUAUUUGACUUCCUUGUUGACAUCGUCCCAAGGGACGAAUUGAAGGAGGAAGGACUUGGGAUUCCUCGGCUUCCUACAGUCGGUGCCCCUGCAGAUUCUAUCCCAUACUACUAUGUGCCUCCACCUCAUCAAGUGGGAGCCCCAGCAGCAGCGCUUUACGCUUCUCAGCCUCGCCCACCUGUGCCAUAUGUGCCUAGCAUCCCAUGGCCUCA